UCUGUCACUCACUCGUCCUUUCUCUCAGCACCCUCCAACGGAUCAUAUUACUUCAUACAGAGGUUCGACCACAGUCGCUCGCUAACUGUUCACUAUGAAGUUCUCAAUGAUUCCUGUGGCCGGGGCCCUCUUCGUUGCCGGAGUGAACGCCAAGGUCUCCGGCUGCAUCGCCGUUGCUGUCAAGGCCAUCCCUAAUUGCGCCCAGACAUGCUUCAUCGACAACGCCCCGUCUAUCGGCUGUGAUGGCUUCGACUUUGCCUGUCAAUGUGAAAAGCAAGCUGCCUUCUUCGCCGCUAUCGAGUCCUGCGUUGCCGAUUCUUGCGAGACGUCUCAGUUCCAGCCCGUGAUCGAUGGUGCUGCCGAGGUCUGCGCCUGUGCUAUCCCCGGCAACUCACCUCAUACCGUCUCUGGGAGUGUCGUGCCUCCUAAAGGCACUGUGAGCAGCAUCGUUCCUUGCCCAACAACAAUCGGAUCCGUCAUCCCAUCUGGCAUCGCCUCGGCUUACCCCACCCUUUCCGAGGGUUACCCCAUCGCGUCUGAGAUGCCUGGUGCCUCGUCGACUAGUGCCAAACCUCCCGCCGCAACUGGUGGCGCCGGCCGCUCUGCCCAGAUCGGUCUCGGCGCCGGCAUUGCUGUUGCUUUUGCUCUUCUUUAAGUCCGGGAAUGGUUUGAGAAACUACGACGGAACGAUCAGUACCCGAUUGAGACGGGAAUAAACGAAAGUAAACGAGCAUGGAAAAAUGAAAAUGACCUGGAGCAUGAGACA